AUGGAUACCGCCGUAGGUCUGACCAGUGCCGACCAGGUCUUGGACCUGGCCAACAUCCGCUCGACUCUGAUCCGUCUGGAGGACACCAUCACCGUCUACCUCAUCGAGCGUGUGCAAUUCCCGCUCAACCGCUCCAUCUACACCCCCGGCGCAAUCCAGGUUCCCGACAGCCCUCUGAGCUUCCUGGACUGGCUCCUUUGCGAGCAAGAGAAGGUCCACUCGCGCGUUCGCCGCUACCAAGCUCCGGACGAAUAUCCUUUCUUUCCCGAAGCUCUGCUCUCGCCAAUCCUCAAGCCUUUGGACUACCCGCCCGUCCUCCAUCCCAACGACGUGAAUGUCAACGGCAGGCUGAAAGAGGUGUACAUCAGCAACAUCCUCCCCGCCGCCUGCGCCAAGGCCGAUGGCAAUGAAUCGAGCCAGCACUUUGGUUCCACGGCGGUGAAUGACAUUGCCUGCUUGCAGGCGCUGUCACGCCGUAUUCACUACGGCAAAUUCGUCGCCGAAUCCAAAUUCAGGAAGGAGACGGACCGCUUUGUGAAGCUCAUCAAGGCAGAGGAUCGAAAGGGCAUCGACGAGGCUAUCACUGAUGCUGCGGUGGAGAAGAAGGUGUUGGAGAGACUCCGCAAGAAGGCGACUAAUUACGGGAAUGACCCUGAGAACCCUACCGCUGCGCCGCCCAAGAUCAACGUGGACGCUGUCGUGGCCAUGUAUAAGGACUAUGUCAUCCCGCUCACGAAAGAUGUAGAGGUGGAGUACCUGAUGCAACGCCUAAAAGGCACUCAGUGGGAAUAG